GGGUGCGGAGCGAGUGGGGACGAGCCGGGCCCGAGAGGUAGCGCUGGGCCCCGCGGAGAGACGCCGCCGUGCGCGCCGCCGCCCAUGAGCGCCUUCUCCGGGGAGCAGCGCCGUCGUUAGGGCGGCUCCGGAGCCUCUGCUUCCCCCCGGGAUAGGCCCGCGCCUCGCCGGGGAGGGGGGGGCGGCCGGCCGAGGCGCCUCCCUAGUCGGCGUCGGCGUCGCUGCGACCCUGGAAGCGGGAGCCGCCGCGAGGGGAGGAGGAGCUCCAGCAGCGGCAGCGGCCGGCGGCGCCAGCGGGCGGGAUCCAGGCCGUCAACAUGGCGAGCGCCUCGUACCACAUUUCCAAUCUGCUGGAAAAAAUGACAUCCAGCGACAAGGACUUCAGGUUUAUGGCUACAAAUGACUUGAUGACAGAAUUGCAGAAAGAUUCCAUCAAACUGGAUGAUGACAGUGAAAGGAAGGUAGUAAAAAUGAUUUUGAAGUUACUGGAAGAUAAAAAUGGAGAGGUACAAAAUUUAGCUGUCAAAUGUCUUGGCCCUUUAGUGAGUAAAGUGAAAGAAUACCAAGUGGAGACAAUUGUAGAUACCCUCUGCACUAACAUGCUUUCUGACAAAGAACAGCUUCGAGAUAUUUCAAGUAUUGGUCUUAAAACAGUGAUUGGAGAACUUCCUCCAGCUUCCAGUGGUUCUGCUUUGGCUGCUAACGUAUGUAAGAAGAUUACUGGACGUCUUACCAGUGCAAUAGCAAAGCAGGAAGAUGUCUCUGUUCAGUUAGAAGCAUUAGAUAUAAUGGCUGAUAUGUUGAGCAGGCAAGGAGGACUUCUUGUUAAUUUCCAUCCUUCAAUUCUGACCUGUCUGCUCCCCCAGUUGACCAGCCCUAGACUUGCAGUAAGAAAAAGAACCAUUAUUGCUCUUGGCCACCUGGUUAUGAGCUGUGGAAAUAUAGUUUUUGUAGAUCUUAUUGAACAUCUGUUAUCCGAGUUGUCCAAAAAUGAUUCCAUGUCAACAACAAGAACCUACAUACAGUGCAUCGCUGCUAUUAGUAGACAAGCUGGCCAUAGAAUAGGUGAAUACCUUGAGAAGAUAAUUCCUUUGGUGGUAAAAUUUUGUAAUGUUGAUGACGAUGAAUUAAGAGAAUACUGCAUUCAGGCCUUUGAAUCAUUUGUUAGAAGAUGUCCUAAGGAAGUGUAUCCUCAUGUUUCUACCAUUAUAAAUAUUUGUCUUAAAUAUCUUACCUAUGAUCCAAAUUAUAAUUAUGAUGAUGAAGAUGAAGAUGAAAAUGCAAUGGAUGCAGAUGGUGGAGAUGAUGAUGACCAAGGGAGUGAUGAUGAAUAUAGUGAUGAUGACGACAUGAGUUGGAAAGUGAGACGUGCAGCUGCUAAGUGUUUGGAUGCUGUAGUUAGCACGCGGCAUGAAAUGCUUCCAGAAUUCUACAAGACUGUUUCUCCUGCACUAAUAUCCAGAUUUAAAGAGCGUGAAGAGAAUGUAAAAGCAGAUGUUUUUCAUGCAUACCUUUCUCUUUUGAAGCAAACUCGACCUGUGCAGAGUUGGCUCUGUGACCCUGAUGCAAUGGAGCAGGGAGAAACACCGUUAACAAUGCUUCAGAGUCAGGUUCCCAAUAUUGUUAAAGCUCUGCACAAACAGAUGAAAGAAAAAAGUGUGAAGACCCGUCAGUGUUGUUUUAACAUGUUAACUGAACUGGUAAAUGUAUUACCUGGGGCCCUGACGCAACACAUUCCUGUACUUGUACCAGGUAUCAUUUUCUCACUAAAUGAUAAAUCAAGUUCAUCAAAUUUGAAGAUUGAUGCUUUGUCAUGUUUGUAUGUAAUCCUUUGUAACCACUCUCCUCAAGUCUUCCAUCCACAUGUUCAGGCUUUGGUCCCUCCAGUGGUGGCUUGUGUUGGAGACCCAUUUUACAAGAUUACAUCUGAAGCACUUCUUGUUACUCAACAGCUUGUAAAAGUAAUUCGUCCCUUGGAUCAACCUUCCUCGUUUGAUGCAACUCCUUACAUCAAAGAUCUAUUUACCUGUACCAUUAAGAGGCUAAAAGCAGCUGACAUUGAUCAGGAAGUCAAGGAAAGGGCUAUUUCAUGUAUGGGACAAAUUAUUUGCAACCUUGGAGACAAUCUAGGUUCUGACUUGCCUAAUACACUUCAGAUUUUCUUGGAAAGACUGAAGAAUGAAAUAACUCGCUUAACUACAGUAAAGGCAUUGACAUUAAUUGCUGGGUCACCUUUGAAGAUAGAUUUGAGGCCUGUCCUGGGAGAAGGAGUGCCUAUCCUUGCUUCAUUUCUCAGGAAAAACCAGAGAGCCUUGAAACUUGGUACACUUUCUGCCCUAGAUAUUCUGAUUAAAAACUAUAGUGACAGCUUGACAGCUGCCAUGAUUGAUGCCGUUCUAGAUGAGCUCCCACCCCUUAUCAGCGAAAGUGAUAUGCAUGUUUCACAGAUGGCUAUCAGUUUCCUUACCACAUUGGCAAAAGUUUAUCCCUCUUCCCUUUCAAAGAUAAGUGGAUCCAUUCUCAAUGAACUAAUUGGACUGGUGAGAUCACCCUUAUUGCAGGGUGGAGCUCUGAGUGCCAUGCUAGACUUCUUCCAGGCACUGGUUGUCACUGGAACAAGUAAUCUAGGAUACAUGGAUCUGUUGCGCAUGCUGACAGGUCCUGUGUAUUCUCAGAGUACAGCUCUGACUCAUAAGCAGUCUUACUAUUCCAUUGCCAAAUGUGUAGCUGCCCUAACUCGAGCUUGUCCUAAAGAAGGACCAGCAGUAGUAGGUCAGUUUAUUCAAGAUGUCAAGAAUUCACGAUCUACAGAUUCUAUCCGUCUCUUAGCUUUGCUUUCUCUUGGAGAAGUUGGUCAUCAUAUUGACUUAAGUGGACAGCUGGAACUAAAAUCUGUAAUAUUAGAAGCCUUCUCAUCUCCUAGUGAAGAAGUCAAAUCAGCUGCAUCUUACGCGUUAGGCAGCAUUAGUGUUGGCAACCUUCCUGAAUACCUGCCGUUUGUCUUACAAGAAAUAACCAGUCAACCCAAAAGGCAGUAUCUUUUGCUUCAUUCUCUGAAGGAAAUUAUUAGCUCUGCAUCAGUGGUAGGCCUUAAACCAUACGUUGAAAACAUCUGGGCCUUGUUACUAAAGCACUGUGAGUGUGCCGAAGAAGGAACUAGGAAUGUUGUUGCAGAAUGUCUAGGCAAACUCACUCUAAUUGAUCCAGAAACUCUUCUUCCACGACUUAAGGGAUAUUUGAUAUCAGGCUCAUCGUAUGCCCGAAGCUCAGUGGUUACAGCAGUGAAAUUUACCAUUUCCGAUCAUCCACAACCUAUUGAUCCACUACUAAAGAACUGCAUAGGUGAUUUUCUAAAAACAUUGGAAGACCCAGAUUUGAAUGUGCGAAGGGUAGCCUUAGUCACAUUCAAUUCAGCAGCACAUAACAAACCAUCAUUAAUAAGGGAUCUUCUAGAUACUGUCCUUCCACAUCUCUACAAUGAAACAAAAGUUAGAAAGGAGCUUAUAAGAGAGGUAGAAAUGGGUCCGUUUAAGCAUACAGUUGAUGAUGGCCUGGAUAUUAGAAAGGCAGCUUUUGAGUGCAUGUAUACACUUCUGGACAGUUGUCUUGAUAGACUAGAUAUCUUUGAAUUUUUAAAUCAUGUUGAAGAUGGUUUGAAGGACCAUUAUGAUAUUAAGAUGCUAACAUUUUUAAUGUUGGUACGACUAUCUACCCUUUGUCCAAGUGCAGUACUGCAGAGGUUGGACCGGCUUGUUGAGCCAUUACGUGCCACUUGUACAACUAAGGUAAAGGCAAACUCAGUAAAACAGGAAUUUGAAAAGCAAGAUGAACUCAAGCGAUCUGCCAUGAGAGCAGUAGCAGCACUGCUAACCAUUCCAGAAGCAGAGAAGAGUCCACUGAUGAGUGAAUUCCAGUCACAGAUCAGUUCUAACCCUGAACUAGCAGCCAUCUUUGAAAGUAUCCAAAAAGAUUCAUCAUCCACUAACUUGGAAUCAAUGGACACUAGUUAAGAUGUUUGUUCAGCUUGGGGACCAUUAUAUUUACCAUACAAUGCACUGAAUUGACAGGUUUAAUCAUAAGACAUGGGAAGAGAAGUGUUUAAAAGCUUCAAAAUGUUCCACUUUUUUUUUCCUUCAUGGAGACGGUUUGGCUUUCUUCCAUUGUUGUUUUUGUAGCAUUUAUUUCAGAAAUAUGUAUUUCCAUAAUCCGAAAGUUGUAAAACCACUAAUGUUCUUGUGGUUAGGGCAACAUUUAAAAUGGAAACUAAAAGUUAGGCUUUUUGGAGAAUGGAAAUAGGGUCCAGUAUCUAUUUGCCCUGUCAUGUUUAGGAUUAAAAGUUAAAAUUUUGUGACCAUGAAUUCCUUUCUUUUAUAAAUUUUCUCUUAUUUAAAAAUCAAAAAUUCUGCAAGACAAAAAACCAUGUUUCUUUUUCUUGUAUAACUUGUUUCAGCAACAUAAAUUGAUUUUUAGCUGGCAGACAAUAAUCUGUGUAAGAUUUAUUACAUUUCAGAGGGUUUGGCAGUUAAAAAUAUAUAAUAAGGUAUCUUUUUUUAAGUAUAGGGAUUAAUGACAUCCCUGCUGCACACACUAAUUUUGCAUGAACAAGUUUACAAAUAUGUAUUGUCUAUAAAGCAGCAUGUGCAGAUUAUUCAUAAUACAAAAGUUAAAAUAAGUAUUAUUGUAUUAGUGCAAUUUUCAGAUAUUUAUUUUUGCACAGAAAACAUAUCUGGAGAGAGCGAGAGAGAGAGGAGUAAAUUUUUGAAACUUUGGUUUUCUUAAUGCCAGUGUGAAUUUGCAGAUGUUUUCAGCAAAUCAAGUCACAAUAACAAUUUGCCACUUUUUUCUAUUAUAAAUUUUAUUAUACAGUUAAAAUUUGAAUAUUUAAGUAUUCGGUUUUUCUCAGUUGACCAUUGUGUGUGUGUGUUUCCAUCUAGAAAUUCUUAAAGUCAGAUUUUUGUUUUGUUGCCUUUGGGUUUCUACAUUCCUUUUCAAAUCAUACAAAUACUGUGUAUGCUUUUGAGUUUUAGUUUUAGGAAAAUUCUGAAGCCAGCUAUCACAGGUUUGUUAGCUUACAAUAGUAUUUUCUUUUUUUGCGUCAGAUUCCCCCAUCUCUUGCAGAGCUGAUAUACUUAGUGUAUUUGGUGAUAACUGUUGACUUCUUUCCUGAUUAAGUUGUCUGCUGGUGGGGGGAAAGCUUUGCAAUACCUAUAUUGUAGUUAACAUUCCUUCAGUGAGCUCAUUUCACACUGUAGCCUCUUCAAAUUUGUGGUGCUCCUGUAAUAGUAAGAGCUAACUUCUGAAAUAAAAGACAUCUCCCAAUGCUGUGCAAACAGUUUACAUGUAUUGAAGGAGGCAGUUGUUAAAUUGAGUGACCAAUUUGAAGCAAUCAGAUAUUUGAAAACUGCACCCUUUAUUUUUGAAACUGUGAAUUAGAAGUACUUUUUAAAAUGCUGUAUUACUCACCUGCUUUAACAUCCAAGUAUGCAGUGAUUUUAAUUGAAAAUGUACUGUGGUUUUUAGAUUACCAACUUAAUGUCAGAUGUUCAGAUAAUGCUAAGAAAGAAAUCCUUACCAGUAAGGAUUUUGACUACAUUGACAUGAAACAUUACAUGAAGUUGGUGCCAUUUCAAAAUGUGGCAGGUGAUAAUCUUAUACCAUAACUGCGUAAAACUGUAAAAGAAAUUUAUUUUGAGAUGUUAGUAUAUUAUGUACUAUGCAUUAUGUGGUAUAGAUGUUGUGGAUAUAUUUAAAUAUUUGGUUACAUGGUUUCACAAUAAAUUACAAAUCUGCAGGCUCUAGGACCAAAUAGGAGACUGACAUGCAUAUGUGUGUGAAUGUCUUAGUUAAUUGUCUAAAGUUAAAUCCAAAUACUUUUCAUUUUAAACUUCAAACUGUCCCCUUCCUCCCCAAGCCCCCCCCCCUACACACAUGCUUUUUGAGCCUUGCAAGAUUGGCUAAUUCACACACUUUUUGAGCCUUGCGAGAUUGGCUAAUUCUAAUAUAACUGAGAUUCUUUGAAAAUACAGAAGAAAAAAUAGUGUUCAGUUAUGGUUGUGGAUAUGGUAUUGUUCGUACAUACAGUUGAUCCUUGAACAACCGUGUUAGAACUGAGCGGUUCCACUUACCUGCAGAUUUCUCCGUAAACAAGUAACAGGCUAUAUUUUUAGUAUUUUAUUUUCUCUAGGUUACUUUCUAUAUGAUACCUAGAACAUACAAAAUAUGCAUUGUUUUGUUAUCAGUAAGGUAUUUUGGUCAAUAGCUGUUUAUUAAGAAGUUUUGGGAGAAUUCAAAGUUUUACAUGAAUUUUUGACCAUACGGUGUUCAGUACCCUUAACUCUAUUAUUCAAGGAUCAGCUGUUUAUAUGAUGAACAUACACAUAAUAAGUAACAAAAGAAUAUUCAGAUUUUUAAUGUUUAGUUAUGCUGAUUAACUGCUUUUAGUAAAAGUGAUGUCUUGAUUAUAGAAUGGGUGUGGCUAGGUGUUGGGGUCUUGUUAUAUUUGGCCACUCCUAUUACUGGUCUUGUAACUGAGGAAGUUCAGUUUAAUAAUGUGUAGGUUCCUCAUACGUGGUUCCUCAUAUGUAAUAAUAAGAAAACAGUUCUUUGCUGAUUUUCUUGAGGGCAUUCAAAUUUGUUUAAAUCUACCCAAUUUCUUUCAGAAAAGUUAAGAUUUGAGGUUAGGUGAUUUUAUAAAACUAAGGCAUAAAGAAAAUUUGGUAUGACGGCAUAAUUUUAAGUUUUUUUUUAAAUACUUUAUAAUUUUGUAAGUGAUACCAAAAACUAAACCAUUGGGAAAUUUAUAAAACAUGGGGGUAUGAUGAUUUCAUCCAAUAUUUGCAAUAUUGACAUAAUUUUUAGGGAAGUAUAAAACAGCCACUUAAAAUAUAUAUAUAUAUACUUUGUUGGGUAAAUGAUGUAAAGAAGUAACAGGUGCAUAUCUAGUUCUAAGGGAUAUUAUGAUCUUUAUAUCAAGCUCAAUUUCAGGUAUAAAAAUGUGAUUGAGGUUCAAAAUAAUGAAAUAAGUAAAAUCCUCAAGUCCUCAAAAUUUUAUUUGACCAGGGACAUUGGUAACUCAGUGAUAGAAUGCAUACCUUGCAUGAGUAGCACCUGAGUUUGAUCCCCAGCAAUGCAAAAAUAAGAUGUGCCAAAAUGUUGAAUUAAUUGAUAAUUACCAAGUUAUACUUAGCCACAUAACCAAGUAUAGUGAUAAUUAAUAAAGUUGAAAUAACAUUUUUUACACACAUUAAAUUUUACCUUAAAUUCUUAAUUACCUGCCAAUCUUAAUAUUAGUGUUUUGAUAUUAAAGAUCUUGAAUUUCAGUAAAUUUUGUGAUUAUAGCUCUUGAAUUGAAUCCUCAUCUUCAAGCCACUGCCACCCCAGGCAUGUUUUAUCUGUUUUUGAAAUCUUAAUUUUCCUUUGUGGAAUGGAAAAUGGACAGUGUAGUAAUGGUCCAUUUUUCUGUUUAGAAAAAGGAUAUUCUGGUUUUAACUGAAUUCUCCAGUUAACUAAAUUCCUUUGUACCUUUGACUGCAGAAGUGGAACACAAUAGAUUAGGUGGCAAGUUGCCAAAAACUCAAUAAGAUUGGCCAUUUUCUUAGGAUAUACAAUGAAAGUACAUUUUCCUUUUACAAUAAAGUUUCUUUCUCAUUGAUACUAGGGGAAAAAAAUGAGUACCUAUACUAUGUAUAGUGUAAGGCAAAGUCUAUCAACAGUAUGUUUUUGUCCUUUGUAACUUAGAAAAUUAGCUCUAAAUUUAAAAUGAGAUUUGAUGAUAGGACAUUAAAAACAACUUGCAGAUAUUUUUACUUUCUAAGACCCCAUAAUAUCAAUGUGAAAGUUUCAGAAUGGUUUUCAGUAUAAAGAUUUAAACUUGAGGAGUCUGAAAAGUCCUUUAAAUGAUUAUCAGUGGUGAUUUUGGCUAGUUGAUUUCUUUCUUUUAGGUCUUAGAAAAGAAAAAACUCAUUCUCAACUUCUUUCCAGAUUGGGGAAUGUAGAAUUCAUGUACUCAACCAUUAUAAACAAUUGAUGGUUGAUACUCACAGAUUUUGUUCUAAGACGCUCUCAUGAGAAAAAAAAUUUGUAAUCCAGAACUGUGUGAUACCAUGGUACCAUUAUGUUAUAAUAGUCUGUAAUAAUCCUGUUGUUGUGCUGAAAAGCUAUUUUUACGUGUUUCUCCAACAUUUCAUUUUUAAUAUAGUCCCAGCUGCUUACUUGGCAAGGGCAGCUAAGUGUGUGUGAUAAUAGCUAAUUAUAAUCCUAGUAUAGUAUAUUUUAAAGACACAAAGUGUGCAUUUUGCUUGAAAAACGUUAACAUCCUUGACCUAAGUUAGGUUUUCGUAAAAGGUCUGGAAAUAAAACUCCUGGAUCCUUAUUCUAGAAAUAAAAUCCAUGCUUUCCUCCAGAAUUUAUGCAUUAGUAGAAUUGCAUGUUCUUUUUAGAGCAGGAUUUUCAAGUGGCAAUGUUGGCACUUUGAACUGGAGAAUUCUUUGCCUUGGGGGAGGGGAGUUAUCUUGUGGAUUCUACAAGGUACUGUGACUUCUAUCCACGUAGACCCAGUAUUGCUGCUGCCAACCUAGUUGCAACAACUAAAUUCCUUCCUGCUGUUCUAUAAUGCCCCCAGUGGAGUUGAGGAUUGAGCAAAGCACAUAAUUGCUCCAAUUGAGAAAUCACUUUUUUAGUGGGAAAAGUUUACUGUUCUAGCAUCUUUAUGUAACUAAGAUUAGGUACAUUUAGACGUUUUCCUUGACAGUUUUUCAAAUUAAGUACUGCUUUUUAUCUAUAUUCUUCCAGUUAUAACCAUUGUGAUUUAGUGAAAAUAAGUUUCUAUAUUAUAUAUCAACCAUACAUUUUCCUUAAAUUCUUAUUUUGAAAAAGCUGAGGGAAGCCACUGUUUCAAGUAAAAGCUUUUCAAAGUUAUUUGUAUUCUCUUCAAGAGAAUAUUGUCCAUUAAUUUCCUUUUGUGACUUAAAACUUGUUUCUCAGUGGGGGUAAUUUUCUGUUUAAGUAUUGCAUAUAGACAUGCCAAGUAGUGAUAUUUUGUGUAAUUUCAUAACAAUAUAUACUUUGCAAGCAACUAUUAAACAGACUAUAGCAGG